CGUAUCUUACCAGUGAUAACCUCAGAUUCCUUUUGAUAAAGCUACGUUCAGUUUGGAAUAGAACAGAACAAGUCUCUCUAUACACAGAGUAAAGUUUCUGCUUACGAUGAAGAUUAUAAUAUAUCUAGCUUUUGUGCUUGCUGCCGUAACUUGCAAUGAAACCAAUGAACAAUCAUUAGACAAGGAUAAAGAAGAGUGCAUAGUAGAACUGAGUUUAGAGCGCGAUGAAAUGGCCAAAUUAGAUAAAUUGGACCUUCCACCUGACUCUAACACUGACUUUAAUAAAUUAGUAGAAUGUAUUUCGAAGAAGAAGGGCUUAAUGGCACCCAACGGCGAAAUAAUAUUUCCAGAGUUAAAGGAGCUGUACCUAGAAGUAUCCAAAGUUAAGAAUCUUUCUAAAAUAGUUCAAUACUCUUACGAAAUAUUCAUUUCGCAAAUACUAAGUCGAUGUGAAAAGCAAAUUAUAGAUGACGCCGAACCUGGUAAAAAUAUGAUUUUGGUUCAGCGGUGCAUUUCUAAUGAAUUUGAGAAUGUUAAACGACUUCUUCCUAGUUCAUAAACUGAUUUGUACGAACGGAACAUAUGUCCAACCACCAACGACUUUCAUUACACCCCCAAAGCCCAUCGCUUUUUCCUAUUUAACAGUGUUAUGAUAUUUUUUAGUUUAACCUGUGUACGUAAGUUAUAUUGUUUUUGGUGGUAUGUACGUAUUUAAAUAUACAACACAAUUUUGUACUAUAUGUACCUGCA